AUGAAUUUUUACAAGUACUCCCCAUCCGGGGCAGCUGCUAUAGUAUUUUUCGUUGCCUUCGUCAUCGGGGGCGCAUGGCACCUUUGCAUCAUCAUCCUUGAGCUGAUCGGCUACAUGGGCCGCUUCCUCUCCUCCAACGCCCCCGACGUAAUCGUCUUCUUUAUGAUCCAAGCACUUUGCCUCCUCGUGGCACCCGCACUCUUCGCCGCCUCCAUCUACAUGGUCCUUAGUCGCCUCAUCAUCCAUCUCCGGUCCGAAUCGCUCUCCCCUAUAAAGCCUUCGCGGCUCACGAAGAUUUUUGUUAUCGGCGACAUCCUCUCCUUCAUUGUACAGAUCAUGGGCGCCGGCAUGUUGGCCAGCAGCACCACCAUGAACACAGGAAAGACGGUUAUCCUACUCGGACUGGUCGUUCAGCUUAUAUUCUUCGGCUUGUUUGUUAUCUCCUCGGCCGUGUUUCAUUCGCGAGUGUCGAAGCAUAUGCCACCAGCCUUGAUGGAAGAGGAGGCAAACACGGGAUGGAGGCGACUGUUCAAUGGCUGGAGGGGCGUCAUGAGCGUUCUCUAUAUCGCUAGCGUCAUGAUAUUUGUUCGUUCGCUGUUCCGACUUGCCGAGUACGUCGAGGGCAAUGACGGCGCACUGCUCGGCACCGAAGUGUUUUUCUACAUUUUUGAUGCCCUGCUCAUGGUCAGUGUUGUGGCCAUUACUGCUGUCUUCCACCCGGCCAAGUACGUUCCAGGAAAGAAACAACUUCUCGUGUUGCAGAGCUUAGAACGCAGAUCCUGA